AUGGUCGAUGCCAAGGGCCGGAAAAUGAAAUGUCUGACCUUCCUCUUGAUGCUCCCAGAGUCAGUCAAGAGCAAGUCGGCGAGUUCUAAGAGCUCCAAAAAGACAGUUAACGUCGGUGGCGCUUCCGGGGGCAGUACCGGGUCCAAGCUGCCGCCGGUGUGCUACGAGAUCAUUACCCUGAAGAACAAGAAGAAGAAGAAGAUGGCAGCAGAUAUUUUCCCCAGUACUAAGAAGCAGGGUGGAGGGUCGUCCGCCACAGUGCAGGAGUACCAACAACAGAACCUGAAUAAUAACAAUACAAUUCAGAACUGUAACUGGCAGGGGCUGUACUCCACUAUACGAGAGAGGAACUCUGUGAUGUUCAACAAUGAGUUGAUGGCCGACAUUCACUUUGUGGUUGGACAAACAGGAGGGACGCAGAGACUACCAGGACACAGGUAUGUUCUGGCUGUUGGCAGUUCUGUGUUCCAUGCCAUGUUUUAUGGAGAGCUGGCGGAAAACAAGGAUGAAAUCCGAAUUCCGGACGUGGAGCCUGCAGCAUUCCUGGCCAUGUUGAAGUACAUCUACUGUGAUGAGAUAGACCUGAGUGCUGACACAGUGCUGGCCACGCUCUACGCUGCUAAGAAGUACAUCGUGCCUCACCUGGCCAGAGCCUGUGUUAACUUCCUAGAGACUAGCCUGUCAGCUAAGAAUGCCUGCGUCUUGCUGUCACAGAGCUGUCUGUUCGAAGAGCCCGAACUCACACAACGCUGCUGGGAGGUGAUUGACGCCCAGGCAGAGCUGGCCCUGCGGUCGGAGGGUUUCACUGACAUCGACUCCCAGACACUAGAGAGUAUUCUCCAGAGAGAGACCCUCAACGCCAAGGAGGAGGUGGUGUUUGAGGCAGCUCUGAGCUGGGCCGAGGCAGAGUGUCAGAGACAGGACCUCACCACCUCCAUCGACAACAAGAGAAAGGUUCUGGGCAAGGCCGUUUUCCUGAUCCGCAUCCCCACCAUGGCAUUGGACGACUUCGCCAAUGGUGCCGCCCAGUCGGGCGUCCUGACUCUGAAUGAGACCAACGACAUCUUCCUGUGGUACACCGCUGCCAAGAAACCGGACCUCCAGUUCGCCAGCCAGCCACGGAAGGGGUUAUCUCCGCAACGCUGCCACCGGUUCCAAUCCUGCGCCUACCGCAGCAACCAAUGGCGAUACCGAGGCCGAUGCGACAGCAUCCAGUUUGCCGUUGACAAACGCGUCUUCAUCGCCGGGUUCGGACUCUACGGAUCCAGCUGCGGCUCUGCAGAGUACUCAGCUAAGAUCGAGCUCAAACGCCAAGGCAUUCUCCUUGGACAUAACCUGAGUAAAUACUUCUCUGACGGUUCUAGUAACACGUUCCCUGUGUGGUUUGAGUACCCCGUGCAGAUAGAACCCGAUACGUUCUACACAGCUUCUAUAGUUUUGGAUGGGAACGAGUUGAGUUACUUUGGUCAGGAAGGAAUGACAGAGGUGCAGUGUGGGAAGGUGACGUUCCAAUUCCAGUGUUCGUCAGACAGCACCAAUGGGACAGGAGUACAGGGGGGUCAGAUACCUGAACUCAUUUUCUACGCCUAA